CAAUCCAUUUCACUCACCGCUUUCUGCAAAUCAAGAAGGGAUCCCAAGCCUACAUUUACUUGACUGUUUUGUACACAGAAAAUCAAAUCACGGGCGAGACUUUAGAAUCGGUUGAAAGUUAGUGUCACGGCACGAUGUUGAAAGUUUUCGGUAGUUAUAGCCUUUUUUCCUGCUUCAUUUUGAUAUCAUGUUGCCGUAGGAUGAUGCCCUUGGCGGCAGCCUUCCGUCCAUCUGGCCUUUCUCCUCGUAUGGUGCCAUCCACAUUCUCGCAAACAAACCGCGUCGAGAACGACAGAACAUCAUCAUCCCCGACAGCUCUUUUCAUGGGCAAGGGCAAGGGGAAGAAAAAGGGAAAAGGUGGCCCCCCCCCCGCCGGCAAAGGCUUCGGAGGGGCUAUCGCCACAGAUUCUCCAAUCGACAAAUUUCCUUACGCCGGUACCGUGCGACCGGGAAUUCAAUCCCCGCAACGAAAAGUUAUUCUAUCCAGCGAAGAAGCCAAGAAAAUACUUCCCGACUACGCCCUCGACGGUCGGCCCAAAAAGGGCAGCAAUUCGCCUCUUCUGCCGUGGGUGAUCGAGGUCAAGAAGCCCGAGGAAAUCGAAAAGAUGAGAGUCUCGGGGAAACUGGCACGGGAAAUCCUCGAUCUUGCCGGAAGAGCCGUAAAGCCAGGAAUCACGACGGACGAAAUCGAUACCAUUGUGCACGAGGCUAUCUUGGCGGCGGGUGCUUAUCCAUGUACGUUGCCUUGAGCUUAUGUGGGUAGGAUUGCGAUCACGAUUGCGAUUGGAUUUGCGCGCUCUAUGACGAUCUGUCGAUAGAAAACCUUUGAAAACUACGAGCCAAGGACAUUUUGGUGGUACAACGCGUUCUUCGAAUCACUCACUUUCUUCUUUAUCGGUGUUUUUGUUUGUCGUUCGCGUGAAUCUAUUUUGUUUGACGAGUAGCUCCACUGAACUACCACGGAUUUCCAAAGAGUUGCUGUACGAGUGUAAACGAGGUGAUUUGCCACGGAAUUCCAGACGAUCGGAAACUAAAGGAUGGGGAUGUUGUCAAUAUCGAUAUCACGGUAUACCUGAACGGCUACCACGGAGACUGCAGUGAAAUGUUUGUUGUAGGCGACAUCGACCAACAGGGGAAGGCUCUGCUGCAGGCAACAUACGAUUGCUGGAUCAAAGCCUGCGAGUUUGUUCAGCCCGGCAGGGACUACAAAGAACUGGGGGCCAUCAUGGAAGACCACGUUGUUCCUCUUGGCUUUUCUUCCGUCCGAAACUUUUGUGGUCACGGAAUUGGCAGCGUCUUCCACACCACUCCCAACAUCCUGCACUACCGCAACAACGAACCCAACGGACAAAUGGCGAAAGGGCACACAUUUACGAUCGAACCUAUGAUCUGCGAGGGGAGCAACAAGGUUCUGAACUGGCCAGACGACUGGACGGCCACGACCGUUGACGGAAAGCGUUCGGCGCAAUUCGAGCACACCCUCGUAGUAACAUCUGACGGAGUGGAAGCACUGACGUGCAAGAACGAGAACUCCAUGCUUCAUUUCUGGGAAAAAGAAUCGGAGGUUUACAAGGGCUUUUGGCUAGGAUCUUCCGAGGCCGCUAAGGAGCGAGCCGAAGCUCUCAAUACGAAAAUAUUAGGUGACUUAUAGCCAGUCAACCCAAAGCCUGCGCGACAGCAAAGUAGCGAAACACUAAAUGAUUUAGUUUCAUGGCUAAGCUUUCUCUGUCUCUCUCUAUUGGGAGAUACAAAGUCUUAUACCAAGUCUUUGUACUACCGCGCGCGGUUAAUUUCUUUACUAAGAGUCCUUGUGUAGUUUUUGCCGAUCCUGUUCGUUGAAGAUUUGUUGUACGCGGCUCUAAUGGACCACGUAUGCCAUGGUGCUGCUACCAAGUAUUGUUACGUGCGAAGUUUGGAAGUUGCCGAGCAUAACUUGCGGAAGUCGCUCAACACAACACGGACGACAACAACAAUCUUCUACUCCGAGUACGGUGCGAGCACGAGUACUCGCAGUAAAAACAUGGCAGAAGAUAACAUCUCGAAAGUUGUAGACAAAAUGGGCCCAAGUCAUAUCG